AUGCGAGCAUUGGAGUACAGCGAAGCUCGCAAAUUCAGCAUCGUUGACAAGGCGCUUCCGACGAUUCGCGAGCACGAUGUCUUGAUCAAAGUCAAAGCCUCGGGCGUGUGUCGCACAGAUCUGCACAUCCACGACGGUGAAUUCAGGGCCCAAUUCCCGCUUGUCCCAGGCCACGAGACCGUGGGUCAAGUCGCAGCAUUUGGCAGUCAGGUCGAGGGCUUCAAAGUCGGAGAUCGCGUGGUAGCCGACAACUCCGAACUAUGCAAACACUGCUACUACUGCUGGCGAGGCAGAGCGCUUUUCUGCGACAACUUCAUCGCGCACGGGGUCAUGGUCGAUGGUGAAUUUGCGGAAUAUGCCGCGUACCCGGCAUAUCGCGUAUUCCAGUUCAAGAAUCUGUCAGAUGUGGAUGCGACACUUUUUAGAACCUGCCGGAUCGUCUGUGCUGUUGUUCGGUGCGGGGCCGACGGGGCUAAUCCUCGCUCAGCUGCUUCGUCUGAAUGGUGGAUGUCGAACGGUGAUUGCUGCGUCACUGGUCUGAAGAGGGAGCUAGCGAAGUCGCUGGGGGCGGCUGAUGAGUUCGUGGAGCCCUCGCGUGAAGCGCGGGCUGCCGUUGAUGAGAUGGAGAAGCUUCGCGCGGGUCAUCCGUAUGGGUUUGACAUUGUUGUGGAGGCUACUGGUAGCGACAAGAUUCUGGAGGAUGCUAUCAAUUUUUGUCACCAAGGGAGGAAAGCUGGUUGUAUAUGGGGUUAUGGGGACGAGGAUUUUGUUUCCUUAUCGCCUAACAAGAUCUUCAAGGAGGGAACCAACGUAAUGGCUCCUUUAGUCAGACUUAUAAGUUUCCGGCGGCUAUUGAUCAUUUUACCUUUCCGGCACUCUACGCCUGGUGAUCGGGUCUACUACACGACCAUUCACGCAACCCCGAGCGUAGUCAAAAAUGCGGUGGAGGAACGACCUCAACCCCGCAAGCGACUAGUACUUCCUAGGAAGAAAGAAAGCAAGCAAGCCCUAAAGGCCUUCACCGCGCCGAACAGCCCGGGUAGCCCGCCGGACCCACGCCGAGGCCAAGCGCGGAAACCCGGGCCGGUCGCGUUGGUGGGGUUCGAUAGGGUCUCACACAACGAAUUUCAAGAAAUAGCAAUGUGA